AGCAGCAGCCGGGCCCGCGAGGACAAGGCGCGGGCGCCACCAUCCCCGCGGCCGGGGGAUAAAUGAGUGAGCGACGCGGUAGGAAGGGCAGGAUCCCGCGGCUGCGACCCCAGCGCCCAGGAGCGGCGGCUGCAUCCCCCUCCCGGAGCCGCGGGCGAGGGCGGCGGUGAGGCGGCAGCGGACACGUUUCCCCGCCUAUGGUCCCGGCGGCACUGAGGACUGGCAGCGAGGAGGAGCGGAGCUGAGGCCGGGCUGGUGCCUGGGGGACUUGGGGGCCCCGCUCUGCGCUCCGCUGCCUCUUGCUCCGGCUCGGGGCGCUGGGGACGGACAUUGCAGGGCGCUGGAUGGCAACUCCGCCUGGCUGGCGGCUCCCACAGUGGGGCUAGGAGAGGAGAAAGCUGUGGGGAAGACCCGGUGCUGCCGAAACCCUGGGCCCGUGGUGAGGCCGCUUUGUUUCAUCGACCAAGAUGAUGUGUGAGGUGAUGCCAACCAUCAGUGAGGCAGAGAUUCCCUCUGGGGGAAAUGGAGGCCAUGGUUCAGGCUCCCCGUUACAGUCAGAUGCUGAUUCCCAUUUUGAGCAGUUAAUGGUGUCUAUGCUGGAAGAGAGGGAUCGUCUCCUGGAAACACUAAGAGAAACUCAAGAGACACUAGCUUUGACACAGGGCAAGCUACAUGAAGUUGGUCAUGAAAGAGAUUCCUUGCAGAGGCAGCUAAAUACUGCACUUCCACAGGAAUUUGCAGCACUUACUAAAGAGCUUAAUGUGUGCAGGGAACAACUCCUCGAAAGGGAAGAAGAAAUAGCUGAACUGAAAGCUGAAAGAAAUAAUACAAGGCUAUUACUAGAACAUUUAGAAUGCCUAGUAUCCAGGCAUGAAAGAUCUCUUAGAAUGACUGUUGUAAAGAGACAAGCUCAAUCUCCAGCAGGAGUUUCUAGUGAAGUUGAAGUUCUCAAAGCACUAAAAUCACUAUUUGAACAUCACAAAGCCCUUGAUGAAAAGGUAAGGGAAAGGUUACGAGUAGCACUUGAAAGAUGUAGUUUAUUGGAGGAAGAACUAGGUACUACACACAAAGAGUUAAUGAUUCUAAAAGAGCAGAACAGUCAAAAAAGAACACUAGCUGAUGGGGCAUUGGAUAUAAAUCACGAUCAAGAAAAUACACCAAGCACAAAUGGGAAGAGAUCUUCCGAUGGUUCGUUAAGUCAUGAUGAAAACCUUGCUAAAGUUAUAGAACUCCAAGAUAUCAUAGAUAAGCAGAACAAGGAGCAGACCCAAAUGAAAGAACGUCUCACUGCUCUUUCUAGCAGAGUAGCAGAGCUGGAAGAAGAUCUUGACACAGCUAGAAAAGAUUUAAUAAAAUCUGAAGAAAUGAACACAAAGUUGCAAAGAGAUGUACGAGAGGCUAUGGCUCAAAAGGAAGAUAUGGAAGAGAGAAUUACAACUCUUGAAAAACGCUACCUCGCCGCACAGCGUGAAGCUACAUCUGUGCACGACCUCAAUGAUAAACUUGAAAACGAAAUUGCUACUAAAGACUCUAUGCACCGACAGAGUGAAGAUAAAAACAGGCAGUUACAAGAACGGCUAGAACUGGCUGAGCAGAAGUUGCAGCAGACUUUGAGAAAAGCUGAAACUUUGCCUGAGGUGGAAGCUGAACUGGCACAGAGAGUUGCAGCACUUUCAAAGGCAGAGGAAAGGCAUGGCAACAUUGAAGAACGGUUAAGGCAGAUGGAAGCACAACUGGAGGAAAAGAAUCAGGAAUUGCAGAGGGCUAGACAAAGAGAGAAGAUGAAUGAAGAACAUAAUAAACGCUUAUCAGAUACUGUUGACAAGCUUUUAUCUGAAUCCAAUGAGAGACUUCAGCUUCAUCUGAAGGAAAGGAUGGCUGCCUUGGAAGAUAAGAACUCUCUUCUUCGAGAUAUUGAAAAUGCAAAGAAACAAAUAGAUGAACUUCAACAUGAAAAGGAUCAGUUGGUACUAAAUAUAGAAACAAUGAGGACAGAAAAUGACCAAAUGAGAAUCAGAGCCACUUCCCUUCAUCAUAGCCGGCAACAUUUGGGUAGUGUACCAGAUUUCAGAUAUCCAAUGCCACCUUCAUCUGUGACCGACAGUCAUACAGAUCCCUAUAACACCUCAUCAGUGUUGAGACGUCCCCAGAAAGGGCGUUUGGCUGCUCUCAGAGAUGAACCUUCAAAGGUUCAGACCCUUAAUGAACAGGACUGGGAACGAGCACAGCAAGCAAGUGUGUUGGCAAAUGUAGCACAAGCAUUUGAGAGUGAAGUUGAUGUGUCGGAUGGUGAGGAUGACAGGGAAACUAUAUUCAGUUCAGUCGAUCUUUUGUCACCUAGUGGUCAGGCUGAUGCUCAGACUUUAGCCAUGAUGCUUCAAGAGCAAUUGGAUGCAAUCAACAAAGAGAUUAGAUUGAUACAAGAAGAAAAGGAAAAUACAGAGCAGCGGGCCGAGGAAAUUGAAAGCCGAGUUGGUAGUGGGAGUCUGGACAACCUUGGUCGAUUUCGUUCAAUGAGUUCCAUUCCUGCUCCUUUUCCUGGCGGUUCCCUUGCUGGUUCCUCUCCUCCUGGCAGUGGUCGCUCCACACCAAGACGGAUUCCACACAGUCCAGCACGGGAAGUAGACAGACUAGGUAUCAUGACACUGCCUAGUGAUUUAAGGAAACACCGUAGAAAGUCUCCGGUUUCUAGAGAAGAAAUACGAGAUGACAAGACCACGAUAAAGUGCGAGACAUCACCACCAUCUUCACCUCGAUCUCUGCAUUUGGACCGAGUCCAUAAAGGAGCUUUGCAUACAGUGAGCCAUGAAGACAUCAGGGACAUAAGAAAUUCAACAGGCUCUCAAGAUGGGCAAGUAAGCAACCCCAGCAGCAGUAAUAGUAGCCAGGAUUCUCUUCACAAAGCUCCUAAAAAGAAGGGGAUCAAAUCCUCUAUUGGUCGCUUGUUCGGUAAGAAAGAAAAGGGUCGGCCCGGACAAACCAGCAAAGAAUCAUUGGGACAAGUUGGCAUGGCAGAAGCAGAUAAUUCAUCUCAGGAUGCCUUAGGACUCAACAAACUUGGGGGACAGGCAGAAAAAAACAGGAAACUACAGAAAAAGCAUGAAUUGCUUGAAGAAGCUAGAAGGCAAGGUCUACCUUUUGCACAAUGGGACGGACCUACUGUAGUUGUGUGGUUAGAGUUAUGGGUGGGAAUGCCAGCGUGGUAUGUGGCUGCUUGUCGAGCAAAUGUGAAAAGUGGUGCUAUCAUGUCAGCCUUGUCUGAUACAGAAAUACAGCGUGAAAUUGGAAUCAGUAAUCCUCUACACAGAUUGAAACUGAGGCUUGCCAUUCAAGAGAUCAUGUCCCUAACAAGUCCAUCUGCCCCUCCUACAUCACGAACGACCACGGGAAAUGUCUGGGUAACACAUGAAGAAAUGGAAAAUCUUACAGCCACACCACAAACGGAAGAUGAGGAGGGAAGCUGGGCUCAGACUUUAGCAUAUGGUGAUAUGAACCACGAGUGGAUUGGUAAUGAAUGGCUCCCUAGCUUGGGGCUCCCUCAGUAUCGCAGCUACUUCAUGGAAUGUCUCGUUGAUGCUAGAAUGCUUGAUCACUUGACUAAGAAAGAUCUCCGUGGACAGCUUAAAAUGGUUGACAGUUUUCACAGGAAUAGUUUCCAGUGUGGUAUUAUGUGUCUGCGAAGAUUAAAUUAUGACCGAAAAGAACUUGAAAGAAAAAGAGAAGAAAGCCAGAAUGAAAUAAAAGAUGUACUUGUCUGGAGCAAUGACAGAAUGAUCCACUGGGUACUGUCAAUUGGUCUUAAAGAAUAUGCAAAUAACCUUAUAGAAAGUGGAGUUCAUGGUGCACUUGUGGCCUUAGAUGAAACUUUUGAUUAUAAUGCAUUAGCUCUAUUGUUACAAAUACCCACUCAGAACACGCAGGCUCGUGCUGUUUUGGAGAAAGAAUUCAAUAACCUUCUUGUUAUGGGCACUGACAGAAGACUUGAUGAAGAUGAUGAUAAAAGCUUUAGACGAGCACCUUCAUGGAGAAAGAAGUUUAGACCAAAGGACAUAAGAGGUUUAGCUGCUGGAUCAGCAGAGACUCUCCCUGCAAAUUUCAGAGUUACCACCUCAAUGUCUUCACCCUCUAUGCAGCCAAAGAAGAUGCAAAUUGAUGGCAAUGUAUCAGGAACACAAAGAUUGGAUUCUGCUACAGUAAGGACUUAUUCCUGUUAAAGCCUUCUGUUGUUUACCCACACUAUUUCUACCGGUGAUAUGCAGCAUUUUGAACUCAGACCAUAUUUUAGAAAUCAUUGGAAUCUUUAAUCUGUUAAUAAUUGUUAAAUGGACACUUUGAAAUAUUUUAUUACAGAGUUUUUAAUUAGCAAAUGAAUUCAUGAGUACCAUAGAGAAAAUAUUUUAGAAUUAAAUGUUUCUUAUAUUUAUGUGACUUCUCAUUUAUAUAAUUACUUACCUUUCUGUUUGUAUUCAGUCUAUAAAAAGAAAUCAUUGCUGAUUUUUUUUUUAUCCUUA